GUCGCAUCUGCAGCCCCCGGUGCUGCCGCGUCCCAACAUGUCGCAAACCGAAGGCCCUCCGCACGCCGAUUCGAUUAGCAGCCAGGACCCUCACGCCGAGGAUAGCAAGAAGACAAAGAGCAGGAGGCCGGCGAAUACCGCUUUCCGCCAACAGCGCCUCAAGGCAUGGCAGCCCAUUCUCACCCCCAAGACGGUGCUUCCGCUCUUCUUCGUCAUUGGCGUCAUAUUCGCGCCCAUCGGCGGCCUGUUGAUCUGGGCGAGCGCGCAGGUCGAGGAGAUCUCCAUUGACUAUUCUGAUUGCGCCGGAAAGGCCCCCAGCAGCUCCUUUGGCAGCGGCAACAAGACCUACCCGCCCUUGACCAGCGACUUUGAACAGGUCCCCAACAGCAGGGUGUCGAGCUACUUCAAGACCAACAACGGCACCGGCACGCCCCCGACCUGGGCGCACAGUGUCAACACCUUCAACUACUCCGAAAAGGUCCGCAUCCCGACGACCGUCUGCUCCAUCCAAUUCGACAUCCCCAACGACAUUGGCCCGCCCGUCCUCUUCUACUACCGCCUCACCAACUUCUACCAGAACCACCGUCGUUAUGUCAAGUCCGAGGAUCCGGACCAGCUUAAAGGAACGUUCCGGAGCAACUCGUCCAUUGCAAACAGCGAUUGUGACCCGCUCAAGGUGAACGGCGACACCGGAAAGGCGUACUAUCCCUGCGGUCUUAUUGCCAAUUCUCUGUUCAACGACACCUUUAUGCCUCCCACGUUCCUGAACCCCGGGAAAGGCGACAGCCCCGUGUACAACAUGACCGAGAAGGGCAUUGCCUGGGAAAGCGAUAAGGAAUUGUACAAGAAGACGGCGUACAACCGGUUCCAGGUCGAGCCGCCACCGAACUGGCGCAAGCGCUACCCCGACGGCUACACCGAGGAUCGCCCCCUGCCUGACUUGCAUAACGACGAGCGAUUCCAGGUCUGGAUGCGGACCGCCGGCCUGCCUACGUUCAGCAAGUUGGCUAUGAGAAACGAUAAUGAGACAAUGCGGGCUGGACGCUACCAGAUGGACAUCUACGACAACUUCGAUGUCACCGCCUACGAUGGUACAAAGUCAAUUCUUAUCUCCACGCGCACAGUUAUGGGUGGCAAAAACCCAUUCCUUGGCAUUGCUUACGUGGUGGUCGGUGGCAUCUGCAUAUUACUGGGGACGCUCUUCACGGCCACGCACCUCAUCAAGCCUAGAAAACUCGGUGACCACACGUAUCUCACCUGGAAUAACGAGCAGCCCAGCACGGCAACUGCUACCGGCAGGAGCCUGAGACCAGGGGAAUAGG